AUGGUGUCACUGUGGCCCUGGAAGGGCGAGGAUAAUUCCCCUGCCUCCUUCGAGAAGACCCUGUCGACGCUGUCCUCGAAAAUCGCCCAGGCCAGCUCGCGCCUCGACCAGCAUCGUCAAGCCUCUCGUCGUUUCAAAGCUCUCUGGACCCUAUAUUCGACAUUUGCCUACCUCUUUUACUCGAUUAUACUGGCCCUGGUUCUGGGAUGGGAUAGCUGGGGUGUAAAGGAAUAUGCGGCCAUUGUUGGUGGACCGGUGCUUAUCUACGCCGUCCGCUCUCUUGGCGCGAGACUCUUUGACUACCGCAUAUCCCGCAUCCAGCAUCGACUCGACGACUUUCAGAAACAGCGUGAGGAGACCAUUGAGAAGCUCAAGGUUGCCACGAAGUACAACUCCACGCAGCAGCUGCUCGAAAAAUAUGGCGGCGAGUCACCCAAACCAGCCAGCCCCAAGCCCGACAACGUGAAACAAAAGCCGGCUACGCCGCAACCACCCGUCGCUCGCACGGGACUGCCUCCGCCGCCCACCGCCAACAUCCGCCGUCCACCUCCUGCGCCUGCUCCCAAUCCCUCUGCUCAACCUCCUUCCUACGAGAUCCCGGCCGCACCGCAACCGCCGCGUAAUGCGUCACCUGCACCCGUCCCCGGGCCUUCCUUUCCUCCCACCGACGAGCCAGGUUUCGCGCCCAAUGCAUUCCCCAACCAGGGCCAGUACAUCGAACAGCCACACUGGUACGACCGCCUUCUCGACGUCUUGCUGGGCGAAGACGAGACCCAGCCACGCAACCGCAUGGCCAUGGUCUGCGGCUCAUGUAGGCUCGUCAACGGCCAAGCUCCCCCGGGCAUCAACACCCCCGAAGAACUGGGCCGUUGGCGCUGUGGCAGCUGCGGAGCCUGGAAUGGCAUUGAGAGCGAAACCACAAAGAUUCUUACAAGCUUGCGUGCCGAUCGCGUUCCUUCCAGUGGUACAUGGGAGGCGCCGUCAAGGGUGGAGCCUGUACCCCAGCCCGCCGAGGCCCUCGACGACGAGGUCGAUGUCACCCCCAGUGACGACGACCAAUCGGUCUCGCGUCCUUCCGAUGAACCCCAGGAGACCCCCUCCGACUCUCCCGAGGAAGACUCGCAGCCGGAACCGGUGCGUCGGUCCAAACGCAACGGAGCCAAGACGACGGAGUAG